AUGGUCAAAUUCGCCGUGGGUAUAUUUCUCUUACGCUUCUGUAUCGAACGCUACCAUAGAUGGGUUAUCUAUGCCAUUUUCGUCCUUCUCACUUGUCUCACCAUUUUCAUCUUCAUCUUCGUUCUCCUUCAGUGCCGGCCACCAUCGUGGUUCUGGAACCAAGCGAUCAACCCACACGGCAGUUGCGAUGGGAAGGGCCUCAUCAGAGCUGCCUAUGUGCAUUCAGCCAUUACAGCCUUGAGCGAUUCAACCCUUGGACUCCUGCCGAUCCUCAUUGUCCGAAGUCUACAUUUACCCCGCUACAUCAAGAUUCACGUUGCUGUGAUUCUGGCACUUGGCUCAGUUGCCUGUUUCGCAACGAUUGCAAGGAUGUGUUUUGUUCACCAGCUCACCGACCCGAAGAAUCUAUUCUAUAAUAUCGGCGUGAUAUGCUGGUCUUAUGUUGAGGUUGGCGUUGCACUCAUUACCUCGUCUGCUGCAACGCUCCGCCCCCUGCUGGACCAACUAGAAUGUUUCGUUCCCCGAUGGCGACGUUUGAAGUCCAACCAAUACACCUCGAAUGGCUCGAAUCAUCAUGUCACAUCCCCAACAACCUUUGAGGAGGCGCUUCAACAGGAUAGUCCAGGUAUGGCUCUUGCCCCCAUUGCCCCUUUAUCCCAAGUAUAA